AUUCGCUGACAGUCUGUCUCAUCUUCGUGGAACCCGCUUUGUUCUCUCUAGUGCGCCUCUUUAAACUCCUGGCCUAUAUUCUCUCUCUCUCUCUCGUAGUAUCUACUUCCACAACUCCUCUCUCUCUCCGGCAGGCCGGCGAUCGGGUCAAACCUCAUUGUUUGACCAUGGCUUCCGUGAUUGAAUCUGCUUGGACGUAUCUGAUUACAAAUUUCAAUGACUUCCAAUUGGCUUGUCUUGGAAGUUUCUUUCUUCAUGAAAGUGUCUUCUUCUUGUCUGGACUUCCUUUCAUUCUUCUAGAAAGGGCAGGAUGGUUGAGCAAAUACAAAAUUCAGACAAAAAAUAAUACUCCUGCAGCUCAGGAGAAAUGUAUCACUCGCCUGUUGCUAUAUCACUUUUGUGUUAAUCUCCCACUUAUGAUGGCAUCCUAUCCAGUCUUUAAAUUAAUGGGGAUGCGAAAUACUCUUCCGUUGCCGUCCUGGAAAGUGAUCUCUACGCAAGUAUUAUUCUAUUUUAUCCUGGAGGAUUUUGUAUUCUAUUGGGGACACAGGAUUUUACAUACUAAAUGGCUCUACAAGCAUGUCCACAGUGUCCAUCACGAGUAUGCAACACCAUUUGGAUUGACCUCUGAAUAUGCUCACCCUGCUGAAAUUCUUUUUCUUGGAUUUGCUACAAUAGUUGGUCCAAUCAUCACUGGGCCCCAUUUGAUAACAUUAUGGUUGUGGAUGAUACUUAGAGUCCUUGAGACAGUUGAAGCACAUUGUGGUUACCAUUUCCCCUGGAGCCUCUCAAACUUCUUGCCAUUAUAUGGGGGGGCUGAUUUUCAUGACUAUCAUCACCGACUGCUCUAUACAAAGUCUGGAAAUUAUUCUUCAACAUUUGUUUACAUGGACUGGCUAUUUGGUACUGACAAGGGUUACAGAAGAUUGAAGGUGCUGAAGAGUGAUGCAUGUGAAGCUGAGGGGAAAGAAAUGUAGAGAUGUGAAAGGGUAAGUUUUGGCUGGUCUGGCAUUGCAAGACGGGCUUCUGUACAAGAGCGUAUAGGUGAAGGUUUCUGUUGUUGAUACCUCAGUUUUAUGUGCUUGUGUUCAAUUGUAGUUUUGACGUGAACAUCGUCUUCUUUGUAGUGUCAUCUUAGAAAUUAGAAGCAUGUCUUGGAAAAUUUUCUCCUUGCAAAUAUGCCUGCCUUUGUUCUGGCUAUUUACGUUAUUCAAGUUCCAUUAUUUAC